GUUAUUUUUAUAUGUGUCAAACAAAAAUAUCGUUUUUUAAAAGUUAUAAGAAAAUUUAUAAAACUUUAUACAAAUAUUUUUAUUUUGAAAAGAACCUUUAAUUAUAAAAAUAAGUUUUUACUUAAGUUUUAAUGAGAAUGAGUAAACAUAUGUAUACUACUGUAAAUUAUUCUGAUAAGGAAUUUAAAGAGCAAGGAAAUCGUCUGUAUAAUUUGAGAAAAUACGAAGAUGCUAUUAAUUGCUACACUAAAGCAAUUAUUAAAAACCCAGAUGUUGCUCAGUAUUUCACAAAUAGAGCACUGUGUUACUUAAAACUAUUAAAAUGGGAGCAGGCCUGUACUGAUUGUCGAAGAGCAUUAGACAUGGAUCAGAGUUUAGUUAAGGGACAUUUUUUUCUAGGCCAAGCUUUGCUCGAAAUUGGCAGUCUUGAUGAAUCAAUAAAACAUUUACAAAGAGCCUUAGAUUUAGCAAAGGAGCAAAAACUAAAUUUUGGAGAUGAUAUUGCAUCCCAAUUAAGAACCGCUAGAAAAAAGCGUUUUUCUUCUCAAGAAGAAAAACGUAUUUUACAAGAAAUUGAAUUACAUACAUAUCUAAAUAGAUUACUAAGAGAUGACAAAGAACAACAAAUUAACAGGAUAAAAAAGGAGGAAAUUGACAAUGAUACUAGAAAUAAGAAAAUAUUAGAAACUGAGGAAAAAUGUGAUACCUAUGUUAAUGAGUUAAAUUCCUUAUUCCAAAAAGUAGACGAAAGACGUAGGAAAAGAGAAGUUCCUGAUUAUCUAUGUGGCAAAAUAAGUUUUGAAAUUCUACAGGAGCCAGUUAUAACACCUAGUGGUAUUACUUACGAUAAAAAAGAUUUAGAAGAGCACUUACAACGUGUAGGUCAUUUUGAUCCUGUUACUAGAGUUAAACUUACACAGGAUCAGUUAAUACCAAAUUUUGCCAUGAAAGAAGUUGUUGACGCAUUUUUAACAGAAAAUGAGUGGGCACUGGACUAUUAAAAGUUUUUUGUUUGAAUCCGCAAUUUCCAUCUAAAUAAGAAUGUUUCAUUAGAAGUUGUUUUUACUUAUAUUUGUUUUGUUAGCAUAUUUGUUCUAAUUUUCUUUCAAGUAAGUUGAUUUACCAAUUACCGAAAUUACAAAUUAUGAUGUAAAGCUAUUGGUUACAAUGUGAUUUACAAGGAUAUUAAUCAUUUGAUUUUAUAGUUUAUAUAUUCUAUUGAUGUAUAAGAAUAUUGAUACGGAUUGUUUAUUGAAAUAAACCGAUGUUUGCACUUUCUUUA